UAUCAUAACUCAAAUAACAACAUUACAACAACUCAUAUAUAUAUUACAUAUAGAUCUUUCCAAGAGCUCAAAACAAAAACAAAAUAAUCUGUAUAUCGAUCGAUGGACAUGGAGACCAAGAAACCAUACAUGAUGGUGACUAUGAUACAACUCAUAUAUGCGAUCAUGUUUCUGAUCUCCAAAUCUGUAUUAGAUGGCGGAAUGAACACUUUCGUCUUCGUUUUCUAUCGUCAAGCGUUCGCUACCAUGUUCUUGGCUCCUCUCGCUUUCUUCUUUGAGCGCAAAAGUGCUCCACCUCUUUCAUUUGUGACCUUCAUCAAGAUCUUCAUCCUCUCUCUAUUUGGUAUGACAUUGAGCUUGGACUUAAACGGAAUCGCAUUAUCAUACACGUCGGCGACUUUGGCCGCCGCCACAACAGCUUCCCUUCCGGCCAUAACAUUCUUCUUCGCUCUCUUUCUUGGAAUGGAGUCGCUUACGGUUAAGAGCAUACAAGGAACAGCGAAGCUUUUGGGGAUAACUGUGUGCAUGGGAGGAGUAAUUACAUUAGCCCUUUACAAAGGUCCACUGUUGAAAUUACCUUUAUGUCUUCACCUUCAUCAUCACCAAAAUAUUCCCGGCCACGUCUCCGGCGGUUCCACCUCGUGGCUCAAAGGAUGUGUCCUCAUGGUCACCUCCAACAUUUUAUGGGGUCUCUGGCUCGUUUUGCAGGGCCGUGUGUUAAAGGUUUACCCAUCGAAGCUAUACUUCACAACUCUUCAUUGUCUGCUGAGUUCAAUUCAAUCUUUUGUCAUCGCGAUUGCAGUCGAGAGAGAUAUCUCAGCAUGGAAGCUUGGUUGGAACCUACGACUCGUUGCAGUCAUUUACUGUGGAUUCAUUGUAACAGGCGUAGCAUAUUAUUUGCAAUCAUGGGUUAUAGAAAAGAGGGGACCUGUUUUCUUAUCAAUGUUCACUCCUUUGUCUCUCUUCUUCACUAUCCUCUCUUCAGCGGUUCUACUUUGUGAAAUCAUCAGUCUUGGAAGUAUUCUAGGUGGAUUAUUGUUGAUUAUAGGACUCUACUGUGUGCUGUGGGGGAAAAGUAGAGAGGAAAAGAACGCUAAUGAUGAGAAGACAGAGCAACAUCACGAAGAUGAUGCCGUUUGCAAUGAAGUGAAGGUUGUCAUUAGUUGAAUGAACGUCAUAAUUUGUACUAUUAAAGAUGUGCUAAAGAUUAGGCUUAUUACUAUAUCUAUAUGUGGCUAUAUCAUUCACAUUUCACAUAAAAAUAGUGUCCAUAAUGAGUU